AUGGCCCGCACUCGCAAUGGCACCCCCGACGAGGAGACCGCUCUGCUCUCCAAGGCAAAGCAGACCCGCGAGCCCAAGCCCGUGACCCCCCUCCCCAAGCUGCAGAUCGGCAUCCUUCUCCUCCUGCAGCUCGCCGAGCCCAUCACGUCCCUGUGUAUCUACCCCUUCAUCAACCAGCUCGUCAGUGAGCUUGACAUCACCGGUGGGGACGAGAAGAAGGUUGGGUACUAUGCUGGCAUGAUCGAAUCCGUCUUCUUCCUCACAGAGGCCAUGUUCGUCCUCCAAUGGUCCCGCGUGUCUGACUACAUCGGCCGGAAGCCCGUGCUGCUCACCGGCAUGGCGGGCCUGUGCAUCUCAAUGGUGUUCUUCGGUCUCUCUAAGACUUUCUGGCAGCUCGUUGCAAGCCGGUGUAUUGUCGGCGCGCUCAACGGAAACAUCGGGGUGGUCAAGAGCAUGAUGGGAGAGCUGACCGACUCGACAAAUAUGGCGCAAGGGUUCGCUCUCAUGCCCGUCGUGUGGUCUGCCGGAGCAACAGUGGGGCCAUUCAUCGGUGGACAACUAGCGAAACCUGCCACCAGAUGGCCAAAUACCUUCACCAGCCGCUUCUGGAAACAAUUCCCCUAUUUCCUCCCCUGCGCCGUCUCCGCCUCGUUCUCCGUGUUCACCUUUAUCAUCUCCGCGAUCUUCCUCCAAGAGGCGCUCGAGGAGCCCACACAGCUGCGGCGGCUGCUCAUCCGGCCGGUGCUGCUCUCCGUCGCGAACUACGGCGCGCUCGCGCUGCUCGACAUCGCGUACCGCGCGGUGCAGCCGCUCUUCCUCUCGACGCCCGUCGCGCUCGGCGGGCUCGGCGUGUCGCCCGCGACGAUCGGCGCGGUGCUCGGCGCGUUCGGGCUGCUCAACGGCGUGUUCCAGGCGGCGUUCUUCGCGCGCAUCGUGCGCCGGUGGGGCCCGAAGCGCGUGUUCAUGGCCGGCAUGGCGAUGUUCGUCCCGCUGUUCGCGCUGUUCCCCGUGCUGAACGCGCUCGCGCGCGGCGCCGGCGGCGUGGUGGACCGCACGGUGUGGGCGGUCGUGUUCGUGCAGCUCAUGCUGUCGGUGGUGAUGGACAUGGCGUACGGGUGCAUCAUCAUGUUCGUGACGUCGUCCGCGCCGAACAAGCGGUCGCUGGGCGGGACGAACGGGAUCGCGCAGCUGGUGGCGGCGCUGCUGCGCGCGGUGGGGCCGGCGUCGGCGACGUCGCUGUUUGCGCUGUCGCUCGAGCGCAACUGGCUCGGCGGGAACGGGUGCUAUGUCAUCCUGAUCGGCGUGGCGUGCGUGCUGUGGACGGUCGCGCUCCCGCUGCCGUACGAGACGUGGACGUACGAGGACUGA